GUUGCAGUGCUAACAGUCAGCGCAGAGCGGCGGCGGGUCGGGAGCGCAGAGCACUGCACGUACUGCACUGCACUGCACUGCAUUACACUGCACAGCACUGCACAGCACUGCACCGCACCGCGAUGGCCGUGGCCGUGGGCAGACCGGCGGUGGGUGCUGCGGCGGGGCGGGAGGACCCGGCGGCGCAUUGGCCCCAGGCGGCGGCGUGCAGCGCUGGGGACGGCAGGAACGAUGACCUUAGGAACCUGUCCCUCUCUGGCCACGUGGGCUUUGACAGCCUCCCUGAUCAGCUGGUCAACAAGUCAACUUCGCAAGGCUUCUGCUUCAACAUCCUCUGCGUGGGUGAAACUGGCAUUGGCAAGUCAACGUUGAUGGACACUCUGUUCAAUACCAAGUUUGAAAGUGAACCUGCGACGCACAACGAGCCUGGUGUGAGGUUGAAAGCCAGGAGUUAUGAGCUUCAGGAGAGUAAUGUCCGUCUGAAGCUGACUAUUGUCGACACAGUUGGGUUUGGUGAUCAGAUUAACAAAGAUGACAGCUACAAGCCUAUAGUAGAAUACAUCGAUGCCCAGUUUGAAGCCUACUUGCAAGAAGAGCUGAAGAUCAAGCGAUCCCUGUUCAAUUACCAUGACACGAGAAUUCACGCCUGCCUGUACUUCAUUGCACCAACUGGACACUCACUGAAGUCCCUAGACUUGGUCACCAUGAAGAAGCUCGACAGUAAGGUGAACAUCAUCCCCAUCAUUGCCAAGGCAGACACCAUUGCAAAAAACGAGUUGCACAAGUUCAAGAGUAAAAUCAUGAGCGAGCUGGUCAGUAAUGGUGUCCAGAUCUACCAGUUCCCGACGGAUGAAGAGACAGUGGCUGAGAUAAAUGCAACGAUGAGUGUCCACCUUCCUUUUGCUGUAGUUGGCAGCACUGAAGAAGUGAAGAUCGGCAACAAGAUGGCAAAAGCCAGGCAGUACCCCUGGGGUGUUGUGCAGGUUGAGAAUGAAAAUCACUGUGACUUUGUGAAGCUGCGGGAGAUGCUGAUCCGAGUGAACAUGGAGGACUUGAGAGAGCAGACACACACCCGACACUAUGAGCUCUACAGGCGCUGCAAGCUUGAGGAGAUGGGAUUCAAGGACACGGAUCCGGACAGCAAGCCUUUCAGUCUCCAAGAGACUUAUGAAGCAAAGAGGAACGAAUUCCUGGGCGAACUCCAGAAGAAGGAGGAUGAAAUGAGGCAGAUGUUUGUCAUGCGAGUGAAGGAGAAGGAAGCAGAGUUGAAGGAAGCAGAGAAAGAUCUUCAUGAAAAGUUUGACCAUCUAAAGAGGACUCACCAAGAAGAGAAGAAAAAAGUGGAAGACAAAAAGAAGGAACUUGAGGAAGAGCUGAACAACUUUCAAAAGAAGAAGGCAGCAGCUCAGUUGUUACAGUCACAGGCUCAGCAGGCAGGUUCUCAACAAACCAAGAAAGACAAGGACAAGAAAAAAAAUCCAGUCAUGAGGAACGUGCACGUGUUUUAGUGUGUCUUUUCAGUGUCACUCCACACCAGUGCAAGCUUCACAUAAAGCCUGUCCAGCCAAGGAUGUUCCUGCAUUCACCUGCUUUUGCAGUAAUGUGUCUCUGCCAUCUGUUUUCUUGCCUUUUUUUUGCCUCUUCUCCCCCCUCCCCCCCCACUAUUUAACAUAAAUAACUAUUAACUCAUCUAAUAACAUAGUGGGAACAAGAAGGAAGAAGGACUGGGUACAGGACUGUAUGCAACUGGAAGUUCAGGGGUGGGUGGAGGGGCAAGGUAAUGAUUCCAUGUAUUUUUCUCAUCAAAACCAGCAGCAGGAAGUCAUUCUUGGCCCCACAUUUGAGCUGAGAAUCAGGGCUGGACAUCAGUAGCUUGGGUGAGCAUCAUUGACUGGAUCAGGUCCUCAGUGCUGCUGGCCUGCCCCGCUCGUGGUAGCAACAGCUGUGUGCUGAAGGGGUCCACAGAAACCAGCCUUGGGGCAUUACUGCUGUAUGAGCCUAGUCCCUAGUGUGGCUGAGCCCUGGAGUCUAGUCCAACCCAUAUUCCUUCAAUAACAACAGGAGUCCCGGUGUUGGGAGAGUGGGAGGGGGUAUAUGUGUGUAGAUAACAAACGUUUAACUGACCUUGCAUGCCAUUACGUUUGCAUGAUAGUUUUGAUUAGUUCCUGUUUUUGUUGCCUGACUUGAUCAUAUUAGUUGGCUUGGUUUUACUGUCAUAUGCUGGUGUGUUUAUACAGCCACCCUUCCAGUUCAGUGUAGUAGCUACCCGCUGAAUGCUGCAGUGGGAGCCCAGCAGUGCUGCGGGUGCCUGGGAGAAGGACCAUUUCUCUUUACUGCUUCCCAUGUCUGACCAUUGAAACCUCAUUUAAAAUAGUCCCUGGUUUCCCGUGUGCACCAUCUUAGCAGCCCUUAUGGAAUCAGAUACCUGGGUGGGGAGAGGACAUAGCAUCAGCAUCCUCAUGGACCCUUCACAAGGGUUCCUGCAUGUCUUUAUAAACAGAUUUGCAAAGCUGUAGGAUCCAGAAUUUCAUGUCAAGGCAAUGAUCGUGCCUGGACACACAUUCCCUGUGCUCUCCACAAGCCAAGGGUGCCUGGACACACAUUCCCCAUGUUCUCCACCAGCCUGCCUGCAGCAGGGACAGCAUCCCAUUCACGUGUCCCUUGAAUGUGCAAAGGAGACUAAUCCUAAGGAAAUGGGUCUGUUUAAUGUGUAUUUUCUAUGCCGUUGCUUUUGGGACAGAGUCUUUCCGUUCAUUCCCAAGAAGUGGCGAGCCCUGCUUACCUUAUGACUUCGAGAUACCUUUCUCUUCUGCUGAUGCACACCCACUGCUCCUAGCUAGGUAGCCUCCUGUUUCUGUAAUACACUCUUACAAUAACUCUUUCCACCUGAGGCUCACACAUUGCAGUUCUUUGCUUGGUUCUGGGAUGGAAUACUCUGCAUUUGUGAGGGACAGAAGGCAGAAUUAUCACCUUUUCUCAAGUGCUGCAUUGUGAAGAUGUGCUUGCAGGCUAGCUGAUGGGCUGUCUUGCUUUUUAACCCUCACUGCUUAAACAUCGGCUUUGGGAAGAGCAUAUCUAAAUAUGAUGUCAUGGACAGACAGCAAACAUUGAUUGGAGAUAAAUAGGCUGGAAAUAAAAUAGCUGAGCCUUUUCUCUUUUUGGAGGGGUGUUUGUUGGUUUGUGGGGUUUUUUUGACCUCCUGGUCUAUCAGCCACGAUGCCCUUUGUGUCAAAUUAAAUAGGUUUGCUAGGGGAUUGUUUGGACAAAGCACAUGGUGGUUAUGACUUCUGGCAAACCCAGCCUUAAAAUCUCAAGCUAUCACAGACAAAGUUGGGGCUCUGGCCUGAGGUUUUCUUACAGUCACAUCAUAGGCACAUCAUGGAAUGCUUGCGGCAGUGUGCUUUGCUUCAGCUGUCUCUGUGCAUGUCCUCUUUUGAAUUACCAGUGGUUUGUGCCGAGUAGAAAACUCCAUUUUAACAUCUAUUUGUCCUGCUUCUUUUAACAGCCCUUCAAGGGAUGUUUAGCAGGGGAAAUCAGUUGAGUCUAGCUAUACAUAUAUUUUUGUCAGAAAGCUGUGGCCAAGUGCAUUAAUGUACUUUUGAUUCAGUUUCUUUCUCCAGCAAAAAGCAAGCUGCUGUGGAGAAACUGGGACUAAACCAUAAACUUACAGAAGUCAAAGGUACUGUUUUGUUCUUCUUGCAAAAGGAGAUGUUAAUGACAUUUUUCUUCCUUCCUUAAACCCUUGGGCCGUGUUUAGCUUGUUACUGCUGCACUUCUUUCUUUUCUUAUGCCUUUUUUCACAGUAGCCCCUGAUUCUGCAUGGAGUAAAUGAUACACUCAAAUCUAGUUGGAUGUGCUCUCACCUUUGCAUGUAAGUACAGUAGUAAGAGACUCACCCUUUCUGCCUCACUACUGAUACAAAACCAGCUGUGUUUUUCUGGGAGGGUUCUUUAAGUCCGCUUACUUACAAGUGGCGUGGUUAAAACUGCUCCUAAACUUCCUGCAAUAACCUGCUUCUGCUGCGAUGUUGAAAAGAAGCCAUAGGGAACACAACAUCCAGCUCCUGCUGACUGCCUAAAGCAACCCUCUACAACCUCCCUGCAUGCUUGAGGCUAGCAAGCCAGCUGGUGGAACCAUGGGUGUAAGCCUUGCUUGAGAGGCACUGCAGCCUUUAAUGUGUGUUAGACAGUGAUGGUACCUGGCUGAUAAUGCUGCCCAUUCCUGACAAUAUAAAGGAGCAGGAUAACACACUAAAAUGUGUUCCUGGAACGAUGGUGUUCCCAGGGCAUGGAAUAAACCCCAGAACCUCACUAGGGUUGCACAGUUACCUUUCCAGGAGGGCACUAAGUAGGAAGAUACCCUUUGAGUUCAUGGUUGUUGAAUGCAUCACCUUGCAUCUCCUGUGGUGUGUGGUGCUGCUGAGGAGGUGAGACAGCAAUGGGCUCCUCUGUGACUCCUGUCCCUCCCUGUGUGUGCUUUGAACACCUUGAAAUCCCAUCAAGGAGGUUUGUAUCUCUGUGCCUCUCUUUGAGCAUGUCUGUAUUUAACAUGACCAGUGGUUUUUGUGGGUAGCUUUCAUUCUGCUUCUCCUAAACCAUCCGGGUGAGAACAGAAAUGUCUUUUUAUGUGUGAUCAUAUCACAUCUGUCCAUUUGAAUCCAGUUGCCAUUUGCCCUUCUGAGAUGUUACGUUAGAAGAGUGCGUAGUGGUCUCUUCUCUGCAGACCCUGGUUGUAUUUGCGGUGUAUGAUGUCCAUGAUGCUCUCUCACCAGCACGUCUCAGCAUGGAACUGUACAAAUAUGAAGGGUUUUUUUUAAUUAAUGGGAAAUAAAGCUGUGAACAGCAGUAGAAAUAUUGUAUUUGUAUACUUUUUUAAUAUCCUGAUUGCCUUAAACUAUAGAUGUAGAACUUUAUUAUCUUGCUAUUUGGAAAUAACCCAUGUUUGUAACUAAAUUGUGUAACCUACAUACAGUGUUAAUGCAAAUUAUAUGUAUGCAUCUGUUAGAUAUUGUCACUUUAUUUGAUGUUAAAAUAUUUCAGGUUUUGAAUUACAAAUUGAAUAAUAACCUUAUAGCAUAA